CUGUUUUAUAUAGUAGUAAUAAUGUUUUACUGUAUGCCGUGGUAUUUUUUGGAAGUCACUAGGUAUUUGAUUUUAGUCAAAUGUAUAUAUAAAUAUAAAUGUCAGCUCCUAGGUUUUACUGUGCAUCAGGCUGGCGCACAGUAAAAUUACCCCUCGCCCUCCCGCGCGAGGCAGACCAAUAGGCCAGCCCAUUUUUGGCGAAACCGGGCAGCCCACCCGCAGCUACUUCGUUCUAUUUGUUUUUUUUUCUUCACACCCAAGUCCCGCUGACACUGGACCCCACCAGGUCAUCUCCUUCCUCGGGUUGUACUCCUGUUAACGCACGAUGCCGAGUCAACCGACUCCAAUCCUCGUUGACUCGUCUCUGUUUCUGAUCCUUCUACCACGACCAACCCCAUAUAAUUUCCGCCCGAGUCCUCCUCUACCGAUUUUCGCCAAAACGGAGUUCUCCCGUGCCCUAGAACGGCUGUUCGAUCUCACCGGAGUUCAGCCGCUGUUGACCUCCACCAUCGUCGUUUCCGUCGUCGACAGGGGGGGAGCACCAGGACGCCGCCCACGAGCCCAACCCGAAGAAGAUCGCCGCCGCCCCAAAGCUCCUGUCGCCGUCGAUUCUGUCGCGUCUGGACGCAUCCAAACCGAGAACAUCGAGCUCGACCCGAAGCUCCACUCCGACGUCGCCGUCCAGCCGGUCCUCGCGGACGCUAGCAGAAGCUCCGGUCGCCCAGGGGCACAUAUUCGAGUUCGCUGUGUUCCUCCUCACCUCGUCCUGUUCUCCCCUAGCUUGGGAGACCUCUCCAGCGAGCGCACGCUCGAAGUCCGAGCCGGCCACGCCGUCUUCCUCAACUCCGGCGGCCAUCGAGCCAUGUCUCUCCGAUUUUCAGAUGAUCAGUGAGAUAUAGUAGGGUCGCGAGUCUUCACUCAACAUCUUCUCCAGUGGGCAUUGAUGGACUCAUCGUUUAUUAUGCUACCUUUCCGCUGUUAUUAUUGAAUAAGUUAGCUAUGUGCUACUCAGUUUGUAAUACCUUAUGAAUUCUGGAUCAUACGUUAUAGUAAAUGAUGCACUUGUUAUUUGAUAUUCA